AUGGCGGCAGAGAUGAUGCUCGAGUCCAUCGAGGAGAUGAGCACUAACGUGGACGCCGUUCAGGAGUGGGGGCUGGCGGACAUCCUCGCCCGCAACGGCGACACCGAGUACCUUGCGAAAUGUGGCCUCGCAGGCGCCAGGGCUUCCGACCGAGCCACUUUCCGUGCCAAGGUGCCCAUGGCGACGUACGAUGACUUGAAGCCGUACAUCCUGCGCAUCGCCAACGGCGACAGGUCGCACAUCCUGUCAGGCUCCGUGCACCCCAUUUCCGAGUUCAAUGUCAGCUCUGGCACGUCGGACGGCGAGCCCAAGCUGAUCCCGGCCGUGAAGGAUGAGGUCGACUGCCUGCUACUCCACAGCCUCGUCAUGGCAGUCAUGAACCAGUAA